UCUCGUUUCAUAGGCUGACCUUGAGGUCAUCACCGCCUGAAAAUGUCUCAAAACUAAAAAAUGAUCUAAGGGUUGAAACAAGAUAAGAUCAAAUUGAUGUCAUGGUAAUUACGGGGAGUACCAUUCAGUUAUUAGGUAGAUUUUACUGUUGAUCCCUGGGCUUAGAUGCCGGUGGGAACAUGCAGUUUUUAUUUCUCUGCUGGUAUAAAAGCAGGUGAGGACUUUGUUUAACUGCACUCACUGAGAAACCACAAAACGAAGCUAAAAUUCUUCAGACCCACAACCAACUACCCCGAACACAUCCUGCAAAAAGUCCAGAGGAAGAAGAGCCAUGGAUUACUACAGAAAGCAUGCAGCUGUCAUUCUGGCCACAUUGUUUGUGUUUCUGCACAUUCUCCACUCCUUUCCUGAUGGAGAGUUUACAAUGCAGGUUUGCCCAGAAUGCAAGCUAAAGGAAAACAAAUACUUCUCCAAGCUGGGUGCCCCAAUUUACCAAUGCAUGGGCUGCUGCUUCUCCAGAGCGUACCCCACUCCAGCAAGGUCCAAGAAGACGAUGUUGGUCCCUAAAAACAUCACCUCAGAAGCCACAUGCUGUGUGGCCAAAGCAUUUACCAAGGCCACAGUAAUGGGGAAUGUCAAAGUGGAGAACCACACGGAGUGCCACUGCAGUACUUGUUAUUAUCACAAAUCUUAAAU